GCAUACGACGCAUAAAUGACGCGCUUUACACAAAGCGAUCCGAACAUGACGCAAAGCACAGAAUUUGGCAAGUCGGCAGCAGUCUCUGUCUCAGCCACCGCCGCUGCCGGUGCUGCCUCCGUCAGCGUCUCCUCCGCUGAUUGCUCCACGGAUGUGCUGCUCAACAACUUUCAGCUGAAGAAGAAGAGCUACCGUGUAUUGCUCCAUGGCCAGCGAGUGGUUUGGGAGCGACUGCAGCGGCCAACAAAGUCAGCGGCGCACAACGAGACGGUGAAGACGCCGCUGCCCGACGAUGUGCCUACAACAGAGCAACAACUGGGCCAAUGCUCCCCCCCCUGCAGCUAUGGUGAACAUAGUCACAUCCUGCACAUGGAUGACAUCAUUAGCGUGCGACGGGGCGACACCAAACAGGCCAGUCUGCAGCCACCCGAUCUGGAGGAACCUCCAGCGGAUGCCAAGCCCACAGCACAAUUCCUGACCAUCAACUAUGCGGAGCGAUUGAGUAAAUCCAAGGUGGACUGCAAUCGCUGGCAGCUGCGACGCAUCACGUUCUACAAUGCGGAUGCGUACAUUGUGCGUCAGUGGGAGCUGCAGCUGCGGGCACGCCUCGCAUCCUCGCCAGCUGGUGGACAACGAGUGCGACGACUGCUCGUCUUCAUCAAUCCGUAUGGCGGACGCAAGGCGGGAUCUCAGACCUAUGAGCGAUACGUGCGUCCGUUGUUCCAGCUGGCGGGCAUCGAUGCCACCUGCAUCACGACGCAGCGAGCGAAUCAGAUUAGGGAUAUUUUGCUCACCCACGAUCUGAGCUGCUACGAUGCCGUCUGCUGUGUGGGUGGCGAUGGCACCGUCGCCGAAGUCAUCAACGGUCUCGUCUUUCGACGCAUUCGCGAACUGCAGCUGGACGAACAGCGUCCCGCUUACAUACCUCGACCCAGUCUCCCGGUGGCCGUCAUUCCCGCUGGCAGCACCGACACCAUUGUCUACAGCAUGCACGGCACUGCGGAUGUGCGCACGGCGGCCAUCCAUGUGCUGCUCGGCCAGCGGCGUGGCCUCGAUGUCUGCAGCGUGAGCAAUAGUCGAUCUCUGUUGCGCUUUUGCGCCAGCGUCUUGAGCUAUGGAUACCUGGGAGAUGUGGCGGCUGAGAGCGAACAGUAUCGCUGGAUGGGCACUAAGCGUUAUGAGUACAGCGGAGUCAAGGCUUUCCUUAGCAAUCGUGGCUACGAUGCAGAGCUCCACCUGCUUGAGGAGCCUCUGGAACCGGAGACGCCGCAGAGUCCGGUCAGCGUGUGCAGUGAACCGCCCUCGGUCUGCUAUGCGAAUUGCCAGCGCUGCAGCAUCGCCAGCUCAUUGCAGGAGCAACGCUCAUCGCUCUUUCCCACUGAGGAAGAGCACAAGGAGCAGCACCAUCAUCCAAAGUCCUUGGCACCAACUGCGCCCUUGAACCACGAACUGCAGCUGAGUGCCAGCGAGACAGCUCUGCUUCGUCCACGUCCCAGCACGCUGCCCCUGCAACAAUCGACUCCAGCUGCAUAUGGCUCGGAUCUCAGUUUGCGCAGCGGCGAGCAGUGGAAGAUCAUACGUGGCAAUUUCUUUAUGAUCUGCGGCGCCAACAUCACAUGCGCCUGCGCCCGCAGUCCCAACGGCAUCUCCCGAUACAGUCAUCUAGGCGAUGGUUGCCUCGACCUGAUUCUGGUGCGCAAGACGACGUUGCUCAACAAUCUGCGGUUUUUGCUCAACACUGCGGGUCGAGGGGGCGAUAUUCGCUCGCUACCCUUUGUGGAAGUUUAUCGCACGCGCAAGUUUAACUUUCGCACGCUGAAUGCGCCGCAGGAGAAUUACAGCAUUGCGGGCUCUCGUCAACCCAUUGCUCAAAGUAACAGUGAUGGCAUUAACUCGGAAUAUUCCAGCUGGAAUUGUGAUGGCGAAGUAGUCACCGAUUUGGAUGUAACCAUGAGUUCGCAUUGCCAGCUCAUCGAUGUGUUUAUGCGUGGUCCACAUUCCUAUAGUAAGCCACGGAAGUUGGUCGUGAGCAGUGCGCCCACAACGCCAGCCAGCUCAAGCGAUAAUGUUUAUUGUUGCUGUAAGGAUUAAGAAAAGCUUUAAAUUUAGUGAGACACUAAGAAAUUGGCCGUGACAGUAGCUUGUAAAAAAUUUGUUAUAUAUUUGUGUACGUUGCAAAGGAGUAAGUAGAGUUAGAGAGUCUAAUAUUGGAAAAGAAAAUCCCUUUAUUUGAUAUUCAUUCUGUAUUAUGCGAUCUAUAAGAUCCAACAAAUUACAUACAUUCCCCCCUAUGAAUGGUGUGCAUUAAAAUUAUAAAAUUAUAUAUAUUUGUAUAUUGUAGCAUAUUUUUGAAUCACACUACCUCCAGAAAUCUAAUAAAUAAUAUGGGCAUGUGUCUUCAAUUAUAA